AUGCCCAAAUUUUGCCUCAAUGAUUCACAGAAUCGUGCUCCUCCCAUUACGAACGGUGUCCGGCAGCGUCCCCCCCUUCCCCCGGUGCUGGCUCCGGGGCGAGGCGAGGGUCCCGGUGAGCGCGGCCUGGAGCGCGGGGCCAGCCCCGUCCAGGGGGGCGGCGGGUGGCGGCGCGCUGCGCCGGCCCCUCUCGGCUCGGCUCGGCUGGGCUCGGCUCGGCUCCGGCCCCUUCCGCCUUGCCGCUACUUUUCCCCCGGGCUGGCCGCAACUUCGUGUCCGAGCCCUCCCACAGCGGCUCCCGGAGGAGGGGGCGGCGGAUCGGCGGAGCCCUCCCCGCGGAACAGGGACGGGAACAGGGACGUGUCGGUCCUCCGCGGAAGCCGCGCUCCCGGCUGCUCCUCUUCCCUGCGACUGCGUGAGCCGCUCGCCGAGCCGAGCCGUGCCGUGCUCCCGCAGCGGAUGGCACCGCCGCCCCUGCGCCUCGGCAGCCGGCUGCCAGCUGAGCGCGGCGGGCACGCCCGGGGAGCCAGCCGUUCUGAAGCAGGAUAACAGCAGUAGGGAACUUCGCAUGAUGGAACUACCCUCAGCACAGGACCCAUGUGUUGCCAGGAAGCUCAGGGAAAGUUCGACAAUUUUUGGAAAAUAGUUUUAUUUUAAAAUUUGCCCCUGGAAAUGUAUUAUUCUUAGAAGCUUCUGAGAGAGAAACUGGGAUUUUGAUAUGUGCAUCCAUAUACUAAACAAACAAAUAAAAAGACAUAACAAGUGAAAUUCACUUGUGAUGUGAAAUUUCACUACAAAUUACUUAAUGUUAUUUUAUUCCUCCCUGUAAUUUAAGUAAUCCAAUAAAAAUAUAUGUAUG